AUGUUAAAAGGUACUGUUGAUAUCGUUCAAUUUAUUGGUUGUUGUUUCCGAUGGGAAAAUCCAUGGUUGAGUUUGUCAGUUUUAAUGACUACUAUCGUUGUCAUUUGGAAUUUUGAAUUGUAUAUGUUGCCCUUUUUACUUUUGUUCUUCUUGGUACGAAAUGUAAUUGCAGAAUAUCGUCAAAAUCGUCUUAAAAAAUCUGACGACAGUUUAGAUGAUGAUACCAAAUCAAACACUGUACAACCAACUUCUGCAGAUGAAGAAAUCCCAGAUGCUGAUAUUAAUACAAAAGAACAGAAGUUAUCAUUUCUUGGUGUUAUACAGAGUAUUCAAGAUACAAUUAUGGAAAUACAAAGUCAAAUAGACAAUGUUGCUUCAGCAUUAGAACGAAUUAAAAAUUUAUUUAAUUUUACUGUUCCUUGGUUGUCGACUCUUUUUACUAUUCUACUUGUACUUGUUGUAAUAGGACUCUAUUAUAUUCCACUUCGAUAUUUAAUUAUUGGAGUUGUGAUUGGUGAAUUUGCAAAACGAUUUGGUAAACCUAAAGGUUAUUCUCCUAAUAAUGAACUAGCUGAUUUUAUAUCACGAUUACCUUCUGAUACUGAACUAGU